UCCGUUCCUGAAACAUUUGCUUAAAUUGAUAUAAUUAUUUUCCCCAAGUUUGUGGGGAGGGAGAUAGGGCGCCAUCCACAACUGAUUCACUUGCCCAAAUCAAACAAGUUAAGAGCAGAAAAGCCGGAAACAUAGCCGGAACACGAAACGAAAGUACUUAACGCGCUCAUUGCUAGGGUUUCUUCGGAGACAUGGCCUCACUACGCUCUUUGAAAUUGCAAAGUUCAUCCCUCUGUUGACAACGUUUCUUCAAGCUGCUGGAAUUGUUGGAUUGGGGUAUAGGUUAGGCAAAUAGGUACUGCGUGUGGUUGGGCAGAGGCGUUGAGCACUGGAGCCUUAGGGAAGUCAGGUGGAACGACAUUGUUUAUGGGCUAUGGCAUUCUGUGCUAAACAAACUGAACAAGUUCAGUUCUUCUGUUAUUUUGGUUGGUUCAGUUUGGUUUCCAUUUAUAGUCUUUCAGGUUUUUGGUUUUUAGGUGGAACUGAUCUUACUGAUUGGACACUCCUACGAUUCACAGUUUCCUUUCUGAAACACUCUACUGAAUACUAUAAUCGGAAGACAUAUCAUAUCAGAGUAUGGUACAGGCCAACGAAAUUGAGAGCAUUGGGUUCAAGUGGGGUAAAAAAAGAGGAAUUGGUGGGAAAAAGAAGGAUGUACAAUUUUAUGAAUCUUUUACUUAUGAUGAUGUGGAGUAUGAACUUUAUGAUUCUGUUUAUGUCUAUGCGGAAUGUGAGGCUGAGCCUUACAUUGGGAAACUUAUAAAGAUAUGGGAGAAUUCUGAUAAGACGAAGAAAAUAAAAAUUUUGUGGUUCUUCCGCCCUUGUGAGAUAUCAAAUUUUCUUGAAGAUGACAAGACUUUGGAGAAUGAAUUGUUUUUGGCAUCUGGUGAAGGUGCAGGCCUUGCAAAUGUUAAUCCUUUGGAAACAAUUGCUGGAAAAUGUAAUGUCGUUUGCAUUUCAAAGGACAGCAGAAAUCCACAGCCCUCGAACGAAGAACUUGAAAUGGCUGACUUCAUAUUUUACCGUACCUUUGAUGUUGGGCGCCGUGUUAUCUUGGAUAAGAUAGAUGAUAAAAUUGCUGCAAUUGACAUUAAGUUUCUACUUAACAGAGUAAGUAUUCAGAAAUCCAAUGCUGUUCCUGAUUCAAACGAUAAUACCACUGCAAAUGCUGCAGUUGCUGAUGUAGCAGCAGACAAGAAUGCAUUGCCUGAUUCUAAUGUCAGUUCAGCAUCUGACAAUGAAAAAAUUGCACAUCUGACACCUUCAUUGGUUAAACAGAAGUCCUCAUUAGGAGAGAAGCAUGCAUCUAAUUUAGGUGUAGAGUUGGGUGAAAUGGCCAAAAAAGCUAGACAGGAAAGCAUGUCUAAUGACAAGAUCUCUUCGAGGUCUAAAGGUGAUCCUGUUAGGGGUGAAAGUAAGGCAGUUAAAGUUCCUGCCAUUGAGUUUCAAGCUGAGAAGAAGGUAAAAGCUACAAUGGAUUCUGGUAGAUCUAGUGAUAGGCCAUCUAAGCAAGCAAAACUUGAUGAUUCUUUGAAAGCAUCUGAUGACAGAAAGAAAAUUGUGCAGAAAUUAAAUCUUGAUUCUGGUGGCAGUGAUGUCAAGGCUGUAAAUCGAACAGCCACUGCUUCUGAAGAAAAAUCUAAACGUAAACUCACAAAGGAUCCCCAUUGGACUGAGAAUAUCUCUUCAAAGAAACCAAAGCUUGAUGAGAAGCUUACAGAACUUGCAAAUGGCAAAUUGCUUGAAGAAUCUCCUAGGGAGGCUUCAAAUGUGAGCAAAACUGCAAAUCAAAAAGUGGAAGUCACUCGAAGACCAGAAGCUGAUAAAAGCAAAUGGUUUAAGAGACCUCCUUGGGAGGAAAGAAUGCAAAAUGCACAUGCAGAAGGAAGGCUUGUCUUGCUUCAAAAUUUGGAUCCUUCUUAUACUUCGGCAGAAGUGGAGGAUAUUGUUUGGCAUGCUUUCAAGGAAAACUGCACAGCAAAGAUGAUACAACGAACUGCAUUUUCUAGCCCACAUUCUGCAGGUCAAGCUUUUGUUAUAUUCAAAACAAGUGAAGCCGCUAAAAUUGCUCUUACGAAAUUAGAUGAAAGUUGCCUUUUGCUAUCAAAUGGGAGGCCUCUGGUUGGCAGCAUUGCAACUCUUAGAUUACCUGGAAAGCCGUCAACAUUUUUUGGUCAUAUCUAUAUCGAUAAACUUAGACUCCAAAUGCAACGGGAGAUGAAAGAAGCAGUCUCUACUUCACAUUGCUCUCAGCCCAAUACGAUAGAGUAUGAUAUGGCCAUGGAUUGGCGCUUGUUGCAAGAAAGAGUAGAUUUGGAAUGGACAAAAUUGUACAAGCAACAAGGGCAAGAGUUGAGAAAACUAAAGGCAAAUUUGAAGUCCAAAUGAACUGAAGUGUUUUCUGUUCUUCAUGGAAAUGGUUUCUCAGAUGGCAUCAAGGAGAUCAAAUUCGAUCACAUGCACUCAAAGCCUGUGAUGGUGGGUUUUGGCAUUUGGCGGGAACCUUUUGCAGUAGUAGAAUGAAUGCUAAUGUACCUGAGGCUGUUGUUCCUUUCGUUGGGGAUCGAAGGAAUUUUUUGGUUGUAACAUGUGGAUGGAUUUUAGUGGCUUUGUUUUAGAGUGUUGCCAUAAUUGAUGUAAAUGCGUAAUUAGUACGGCUAAUUACAUUUAUCAGGGUGGAGUUUUGUAACACAUUCUCUCUCUCUCUCUCUCUCUCUCUCAUAUCGUUGCCUUGGUUGAACCAUUACAUUUUUAAGUGUUAUCAGAGUUUCGGUUUA